AUGAGGCAGUAUGCAAGUUUGGAACAACUUCGACAGACUGGUGGCACCUUGUUGCGGCCCUGGCAGUUGCCACACCGGAAUGACUUUGGUUUGAGGGGCACGGCAGAUUGUGAAGUGCAGCGUUCUCUCUGCCAACUCAUCCUGCUCAACGGAAUGCUCACAGACGCCAACCUGCCGGGUGUGGAGAAACUUUGCGUCACCCUGGUUCAGAGCAACUGGCUCACGCUCCCACUGCACAAGAUUAGCCGAGAGGACAUCGGUUUUGAAGCUGCUCUUGCUCCACCUGAGUCAUGUUUCAUGGCAAAUUCUUCGAUCGCAGCCUUCGCUGCUGCAUACUCCAUCGGAAAGUUGGAAUCAGCCGCAGCAGUAAACCUGCUGAGGAAAAUCAAUCCUGAGACGAAGGAGUCUCUGACCUUGCUUGUGAGGUUUGAGCUGCGUCACGGCGACGCGGACCUUCAGGCGAUGCUGGAGCACAGCGUGCCACCGGCUUCGCUAUCGAAGGUGAGCAUUUUUGCAGCUCAUCUCCAGCGCUACCAAAACAAGGCCUGGCUGUUAAUAUAA